AUGAGCAAAAAUACUCCAAAGACAGCAAGAGCACAAAAAUGCAUACUUGAUGAUGAAUCCUUGGAUUUGAUAACAGAAUCAGACCAUAAAAAUCAUCAAUGCAUUUGUUCACUGUGCAGCUGUGGUAAUCAUACCUGCCCUGCAAGACGACUAAAACUGUACCCAAAAGCUACGUUUACUUCUCAGUACAAGCAAGAUUUUAAGUCGCCAGGUCCAUCCAGUCCUCCAAAAAGAGUGACUUCUGCUUUUAAGCCAACACUUUACAAAAUGACAGAAAAAACUACGAAUGAAAUCGACUACAAGCCGUAUGAUUUAUCACAAACAUCGAAAACGCCAAUAAAAAAUGAUUUUUCUGCUUCUUUAAGGUUUUUAGGAAGAUCUCAAUACCAAGCAGACUUUCCUAACUGAGGACCAACUCAAAGCCCGUCAGAUGUUUCACCUAAAAAACCAAAAAUAAUUAUGCUUUUUAGAAAAGAUAAAUGCUUUUAUUUCUGCAGUGUUAUCAUUUUAUUAUAAAAUAAAGAUUUUAGCUUUUUAAUAUAGCCCAGGAACCUAUUUAGAAGGUUCUGGCCUGGGAGAAUGCAGCACAACUCAUCGAGUUGAUUCUCUAACUCAAGCUGAUAAACCAACUCGAAGAGUUAACAAAAUUCCCUAGUAUAAGGCUUAUUUGCCUCCCGGCUAUCUCGCCAGCUUGAACUGGAGAACUAACUUGAGGAGUUCUACUGUAUUCUCCCAGCCCAGGACCAUCUAAAUAAGUUCCUGAGCUAUAUUAAAAAAUAUUUUUUAUAUUAUUAAUUAUCAUAAACCCCCCCCCCCCCCUCCGUGAGCGAACAAAAAAAUUUUGUUCGCUCACGGAGGGGGGUUAAUUUUUUUUUUUAAAAAAAAUUUAUAUAUAUAAAUUUUAUAAAAAAUAUUUUUUUCGAAAUUUAAAAAAAAUCCUAAUUUGCAAAAAUUGGGAAGCAAAUAUUAAUUUUAAUUUGCAAAAUUUAUGUUUUUAAAACGCAAUUUGUUUAAAAUUAAACAGAAUUAGCUCUAGAUCACUUAUAUAUCAAAUUUUUUUCCAUUAAAAUUUUUUCUAUUAAAAAAAUUUUUGUUCACUCACGGAGGGUGGGUUUUUGGUCAAAAAAUGGCGAUUUUUCUAAUGGUUUUGUUCGCUCACGGAGGGGGGGGGGGGAGUAAGCGAAAAUUUGAUGGAACUACUAUUUAUAAUCAAAGCUACAUAUGCAAAAGUUUAACUCCUGACCACAAGCGGAAAGUCCAGCAAUCCACUUCAAUUCCUUCUAUGUACAAAUAUGACGGACAAUAUGAAUCAACAACCAAAAGAGAAUUUAAAUCAAAGUCAAAUAAAUAUAUUACUCCAAGUCCUACUCAUAAAAAUAUUUCUAUUACUCCUACACAUUUCAACCCAAACCAAUACAUUAGUGUCGCUAAACAGUCUUUUACUGGUUUAGCCUUACAAUUAAAAGAUCCAAGAUUAAUCCGCAAGCAAAAAUUAAACGAAUAA